CAAUUGGCCAAAUGUUUUCCAAUUAUGGCACAGAGUAUUCCUCAGCAUUUGCUUCCAUUACUUAUACAAAAAAGUGAGUACCCAUACGAAUGGAAUGAUCCUGAGCACUUCACAAAAACAAAGCUCCCAUCAAGAGAGAAAUUUAACACAGAAGUAUCCGGACUAGAUCCUUUGAACUAUAUAACAUUACUAUCAUUCGCAUUUGAUAUGGCAAAAAAGAUGACUAAAGUCAAGCUCAAAUUAAUCCAUAAGGGGCAGGAGAAUAUGCAUGAGUUCAUUCAACGUUGGAUGCGAGGUGGAAAUUCUAUAGCGCCACGUCGUAUAGCAAAAGCCAAUUUUCCAGGAAUGAAAGGAGGAUUUAGAUGGCUUGACAUAAACAACUUGCCCGAUAUACGGUUUAUUUCACCAACUGCAAAACGAGGCAGUGCUUGGGAAGUAAAAUUAAGAUAUCCGGAAAAUAUUCACCCAACACAUAGUGACUAUCCGCUCUGCCCAGAACGUCGGGUAGUUAAGCGAAGUGAGCUUAGUUCAUACCAAAAUAAUGACCUAAUUGAUAAACUGAGUAGUGGAAAAUUUGUGGAAACAGAAAAAUUGUGUCUUGAACUAGAGAUGGAACUUGUGCAUGUAUACCGUGUAUUAGAGUUUGAUCAAUCUCCCUGGCUCGAACCAUAUAUUACAGCAAAUACUAUACGGUGUCGUGAUGCAAAAAAUGUAUUCGAAAGAGAUCUAUGGAAAUUAAUGAACAAUGCAGUAUUUGGAAAAACUAUGGAGGAUGUUCGGCGUCACCACCCAUUACUUGAAAAACUUCCUCCAGAUCAAUGGGUAUAUCUUCCCAAUGGUUCACGUGAGCUAAAAAAUAAGAAAGUGAUCGGGAAGUGGAAAGAUGAGUUUGCAGGAACUCGAGCAUUAAGAUAUGCUAGAAACCGAUCAAAGUCUUAUGCAUUGGAAACUGAAGAUGAGUAUAAAAAUAUACAGAAGACAAAGGGUCUCAAAAAAUCUCUUGUCAAAAAAGAACUAACUAUUGAUAUUUAUGAGCGUUGUAUUUUAGAAGGUGUGGAGAAUGAACCUCGAACUGCAAACUUCUUGUGA